CAACAAUCAGCACUUAUGUAGGACGACUUCCCAUUCCAAUGUGCCAGUUCUGACUACGGAGUACUUGAAAUGUCACCGUUUCUACAACCUCGCUUUUCCAACAAAACAAUGAAGGCUAAUAGAAAGCCAACGCCGGAGUGUAUUGUCCGUUCCGAUACAGAAAUGGAACUGGCAGCGCAACUUGUAACUAAACCUCGCCGACUCUUUGUUUCCGCCGUGCUGGACUGGAUUCUCAAGACUUUAGGUGCAAUUUCCGCUGUGAUAUUUGGAAUUUGGGCGCCAAUCACCUACUAUACCAGUGUCAAAUGGAACACGAGUAAUGAUGAGAGUCAAAGGCAGCUGCUAGAGGCGAUCACGAUGCAAGAACUAAUGACAAGAGCCCUUCUAGAUGAGAUCCAAAAGAUGAAUGCAGUUCAAUCGAGACUGUAUGAAGAGAUGGCAGGUGUAAGGGCGAUGGUAGAGAAUGUUGGGGAGCUAAAAGCGUGGGAAUUUUGUUCUCAGGACUCAAAUUUUAGUGCGCAGGAGCUUUGCCACAUUCCAGACAGCCUAUACCUAAUGGAUACCAUUCUACAACAUCUAAAAAACCAGACCGCACGUCCGAAACAAUCUUCCACUACCUCUCCAGGGUCGUUGACUUCGUCAUCAUUGUCCGAUCUAAGCCACAUGUUGGACCUUACUCCUUCGCCCCUUCCAACCACCACCGUUCCGGAGGCCGUGUCUAGCGGCCUGGUAGUAGCAGACUACCAAGCCUGGGCGGACUGGUCCGGAGGUAAUUGGGUCGCCAGCAGAUUGGUGACUGAACCACCGCCUCCCUUGUCAGGACGGUUUAAUAUCUCGACAACAUCAGCACCCUAUUCAUUGCAUUCAGUUUCGAUAAAUGGUGAUGCAACGUUUCUCAGGCCCAAUCCUGGUUACCAACGAUCCCAAAUCGAGACGAUGAAUGUUACGACUACUUGUUACGGAUCAGUUGUUUUGAUCAUAGCUACAUUACUCGUGAUGAGUCCUAAAAUUUCGGAUUGGGGAAAAUCAGGAAGCGCUCCGGGAAUGAGAUUAUGUGCUGGCGCUUUGUCGGCAGCUGUGGGGGCUCUAUGCAUGAUUUAUCUGAUGUUUUUAUUAGACUUGUACUGAGGAUUCCAAUCAUUUUUCUAAACUGGGGUACCGAGGGAGCAUUUCUCGAGGGUUUCCCUGGGACUAUAGUCGUACUUUGUGGACUGGUGUACAUCGUUGAAUUAUUCUCACCCAUUUACAGCAUGCCAUUUCAUAUCAG